AGUGCUUCGGCCGAAUGGAUACGGUGGUGUUUCUGUGCUAAGGUGGAUUUAGUGUCACAGUCUAGGCGCCCAGUGCUCUCCGGACAGGCCUUCGGUUGUAGCAUCAAGGAAGCGUGAGGAGAGAGUAGAUUGAAAACAGAAAACAUGGAGGCAGAUACCACAGUUCUCCGAAAAAAGCUUAAAGAGUGUGAAGACGAGCGACUGAAAGCUGCACAGUAUGGCCUACAGCUACUGGAGAGGCAGACGGAAUUGCAGAGUCAGUUGGAUAAAUGUCAUGAAGAAAUGAUGGUCACAGCCGAGAAUUAUAACCAAGAGAAGUAUGCCCUUCAAAGAGAAGUAGAGCUCAAGAGUCGGAUGCUGGAAAGUCUGGGCUGUGAGUGUGAAGCCCUGAAACAGCAGCAGAAAACGCAGCUGGAGCAGUUAGAAAUGCAGCUACACAGAAGCCACAGGCAGGAAGUGAACGACCUGAAAAACAAGUUAGAAAAUCUGAAAGUGGAAUUAGAUGAAGCAAGGCUUAGUGAAAAGCAGCUGAAGCAGAAGCUGGAUCACCAGGGGGAACUUCUCUCUCACAAGUCAGAAGAACUCCGACUAAUGUCUGAGCAGCGAGUACUCAAUAGCAUGUCUUCGGAGGUGCUGGCUCUUCAGACUGAGCUAACUGAAGUGGAAGGUGUGAAGAAUGCCCUCAAAGAAGAGGUGAAUGAACUGCAGUACAAGCAAGAGCAGCUGGAAUGUCUCAACACUUCCUUACUGCACCAGAUCGACCGGCUUAAAGAAGACAAAGAGGAGCGAGAGAGGGAAGCAGUCUCUUACUGUAAUGCCUUGGAGAAAGCGCGCAUAGAAAAUCAGGAUCUUCAGGUGCAGCUGAGUCACGUAUUCCAGCAGGCAGCAGACCCCAACAGCAAAGGAAACUCCCUGUUUGCAGAGGUGGAGGAUCGAAGGGCGGCAAUGGAACGCCAGCUCAACUUGAUGAAAGACAAAUAUCAGUCACUGAAGAAGCAAAAUGCAUUCACCAGAGAUCAGAUGAACAAGAUGAAGUUACAAAUCUCCACAUUGCUGAGGAUGAGGGGAUCACAAACCGAAUUUGAACAACAAGAACGGUUGCUUGCCAUGGUAGAACAGAAGAAUGGUGAAAUAAAACACCUUUUAGGGGAAAUUAAUAAACUAGAGAAAUUUAAGAACUUAUAUGAAAGUAUGGAAUCUAAGCCUUCCACAUCAGACAACGCUUGUACUGUAGAAGACAGCACCUAUUACGCAGACUUACUUCAACUGAAGCUUGAUAAACUAAACAAAGAAACUGAAAGCAUAAAGGGUGAACUGUCCAUCCAGAGGAUGAAGGCGUUACUUGAGAGCCAGCGGGCCCUGGAUAUUGAGCGGAAACUGUUUGCAAACGAAAGACACCUGCAGCUUGCAGAGAGUGAGAACAUGAAGCUGAGAGCCAAGGUGGAUGAGCUGAAGCUCAAGUACGAACCCGAAGAGAAAAUUGAAGUACCUGUACUCAAAAAGAGGCGUGAGGUGCUGCCAUUUGAUAUAACCACCCCAGAAGAAACAGCUGCUGCCAGUGCCACUGGGGAAGAAGUGUCUAGACUCCUACUUCAGAGGGAGGAGUCGUCCUGUCUUAAUAACUUAAAAGAUAACGCCGUGCAGUGGAAACAGCCAGCUUCUUCAUGCGCGCAGCCAGCCGGCCCCUCUCCUCAUAAGAGCCUGCAUCUGGAUACACAGCCGAAGAAGAAGUGUGUGAAGCUUGUGGAUAGUCCAGCCAACACUGAGGCCUUACAUGAACAAAGUAGGAACACCCCCAGUUCUCCCAGGUUAACUGCAGAAUCAAGGCUUCCAACAGAAGUGAAGGAAAGGAAAGAAACUACAAGCAAAUUGGAAAAAGGAGCUUGUAAGAAACCACACAACAUCAUGUAUGUGUCCUCAAAGUCAACCCCAGAGACGCAGUGUCCACAGCAGUAGUGGCACUGCAUGGUGCCUGUGCUGACUGUCGUUCUAUGCCUGGGACGCCCGUGGAGAGCAUCUGCAUAAGCCAGUGCUGUGGCCGUGAUUCUGACCCGGAAGUUCCUUCUCAGAACUGUGUCAUAGGGAACAGAUGAUUAUCAGAAGAGAAUGUUAAAUUUAAACCUCCUUUCUGCAUUAGAUAUGAAGUUUGAACAUUAUGUGAAUAAAUAUCUUAAGAACCAAAAA